GAAAUUAGCUGCGUCAACGGAUCUUUAGAUUCCUUCUAAACCAUUUCUAAACCAUCCAAAUAAAGUUCCCACACCAUAUAUCCCAAAACACCACGUUGGCCAAUUCUCAAGUCCCCAUGUUGGUCAAUUUACAUCUAUGGGAGAAUUCUCGUUCAUUGGUGUUACCAUCUCACCCAUAAGAUCACCUAUAUCUUAAUCUCAUAUGAAUAGGUUCUUUCUCGACCAGCUUUAGAAUAAGACACCUGUUCAUUAUUCAGGAUCGGAGGUUGAAUAUCCAAGCUUGCGCAAGCCGCCAUUUUUUGGCACGAUGCUUUUACGAUGGGCAACCUUUGGGUUGUUCUUUCUUCUAGUGCAGCUUGCUUUCUGCGCCGAAGAUUUCUACAAGAUCUUGGGAGUAAAUCGUGAUGCGACGGACAAGCAAAUCAAGUCGGCAUAUAAACAGCUAAGCAAAAAAUAUCACCCAGACAAGAACCCAGGUGACCCAACAGCCAAGGACAAAUUUGUCGAAGUCUCCGAAGCCUACGAGGCACUGGCAGAUCCAGAAUCCAGACAGAUAUAUGAUAAGUACGGGCAUGAAGGACUGAAGCAGCGCGGUCAAGGCGGCGGACACCACCAUGACCCCUUCGACCUAUUCAGUCGAUUCUUCGGCGGCGGAGGCCACUAUCAACGAGGCCAGCCGCGCGGCCACGAUAUAGAGGUCAAGGUCGGUAUCAGCCUGCGCGACUUCUACAAUGGCCGCGACACCGAGUUCCAGUGGGAGAAGCAGCAGAUUUGCGAGGAAUGCGACGGAUCUGGUUCGGCCGACGGCGAAGUUGAUACCUGCGGCCACUGUGGCGGUCGCGGAGUCCGAAUUAUCAAGCACCAGCUAGCACCUGGCAUGUUCCAGCAAAUCCAGACUACUUGCGACGCCUGCGGUGGUCGCGGCAAGACCAUCAAGCACAAGUGCCCGGUCUGUGGUGGAAACAGGGUUAUUCGCAAGCAGACCACCGUGUCCUUAAAGGUUGAGCGCGGUGUCGCGCGCGACGCGAAGAUCGUCUAUGAGAACGAGGCCGAUGCUAGCCCCGACUGGAUCGCCGGUGAUCUCGUCGUCAAUUUAGUCGAAAAGGAGCCUGACUUCGCGGAGAACCCCGAUCUAGUGGACGGAACAUUCUUCCGCCGCAGAGGCAACGACCUCUUCUGGCGCGAGGUGCUAUCUCUCCGAGAGGCCUGGAUGGGCGAUUGGACCCGUAACAUCACACAUCUAGACGGCCACGUCGUGAGGCUAGGGCGCAAACGCGGUGAUGUCGUACAAUCCGGACACGUCGAGACGGUCGAGGGUGAGGGAAUGCCGAUAUGGAGUGAGGACGGGGACUCGGUAUAUCAUCAGUACCAGUUCGGCAAGUUAUACGUCGAGUACGUCGUGAUAAUCCCGGACCAGAUGGAAUCCGGAAUGGAGAAGGAGUUCUGGUCCGUAUGGCAGAAAUGGCGGGGGAAGCUCGGCAUUGAUCUACAAAAAGACAGUGGCAGACCGGAGGUGUCCGGUCCCGGAGCUAAGGAGGUUAAAGAUGAGUUGUAAUGAUACCUGACCCCUUAUACCAUAGACAUAGAGAUGCAAUAGAUGCAUGCAAUGUGUAAACGA